GUCAAAACCUAUACCAAAGACAGACGAAGAAUGGUUUGAUUUAAUAGAGUCGAAUAAUGACAAUAAAGGUAGUAAACCCAGUGAUUCAGAAUAUGACACAGCGGAUAAAGAUCCAGAUAUUUAUUUCGAGAAAAUUGUAGAUCUAUAUAUUAAUAGAAUAUCAGAAGCUGAAAAAUUUAAUAAAGGUGAA